AUUUUAGUACGGAUCUGUUUCCGGAGUCUUUGUUUUAUAUCAACAGAGAUGAGAGAAAAACCAAAAGAAAGGAGGUAGGUUAUUUUACGUCACAGGCACAACGAAGCACGCAUAUCUUGAGGCCAUUAAUCAAAUACCUGACAGGGAAAAAAGAGUUGAUAGUGUAUAAAAUGAAAGGCUGCUCUUCCUGAGAGUAAACACACACAGAGGAUAGCAACAGAGUUACUGAAAUAUCAAGUUUAAAAAAACAAAAACCGGAAAGAUGCGACACUUAAGCUUAUUAUGGAUUCUAGCAUUCGUUUCCGUUGCCAUGGGAUUGGAUUUUCUUUCUUCUCUCAAAUCAAGAAACAAACGAUCUUUCAACAUGAGGACGAUGUAUAAUAACGCUCUAAGACAAGGACAGACCAUCUAUGACUCUAGGAAAUUUCAAGCGCCAGUUCCUGGCAUCUCAGAGAGCAACGAACCUCUGACGUACGGAUCGUUCUACGAACAGAGGGCCGAUCAGUAUGAAAACCAAGUUCCCCAGAACCAGUUUAUCAAUCAAGUCAAAAACCAACAAAUCUCUUCAAAGCCUUACCAACAAACUUCAGGGUCAGGCCCCGGCAAUGUGAAGUGGAAUGUAGUUCGAAAUGGGAACUCGUACGCCUUCAGUUACGUGUACAGUAACCGACCAGUGGUCCAUAAUCAUCGCGUAACUGGAACAGGAGGAAUCAACACCAAGUACAACCAAAAUAUGGCAGCAGGAAACCCGACGUUUACAGGAACUGGUGGCAUGCGUCCAGUGUUCAACCCAAACACUGGUUUUCCGAUUCCGGACCCACGUUUCAUCAAUCGAGUAAAUCCAGGUAUCAACGGACCCAGGAUAAUCAUCAACGGCCCCAUGGACCCUAGAAUAAACGGUAUCAACCCACAGUUCAACGGGCCCAGGGACCCACGAAUUAAUGGACUCAACCCUAUAAAUGGCGGUCCGAUAGACCCACGAUUAAAUGGACUCAACCCUAUUACUAACGGACCCAAGCCGAUAAAUAAUGGUCCCAUUGACCCACCGAUAAACAGACCAAUAAUACCAGUCAAUCCUGGCUUCAUAAACACCCCUGUGGGUCCCAGCAACCCUAUCAUUCAGCCAACAGGACCAGUUAUUCCCAUCAACGGUGGACCAUUAAUUAAUCCAGGAUUUGGUAAACCGCAGGAUGGCUCAGAACCCGUUGCCCUGGGUUUGAGCCAGGGACCAGCUGUGGGUCCUGCCACGAACAAUCCAUCCGAUCCCCUGGUGUUCACGCGACAAUCAGACACGUGGUUCUGGGGCGGGAACAAGGUCAGUGGACCCCUGCGUGGGGCGGUGCAGGCAGGAAGCAAGUGAUAGAUUCAAGAGAAAAGUGAACGAAGAUUGAGAAAUCCACACCUUGUUCGUGUUCCAGGUUUAUCUGGACGAUUUCGUUGACAUUAAUGCACAAUACAUCCAACAAUUCUUUACCUCGAUGUCUAAUAAACUGCAGACGCAUACAUGCAUGCAUUCGUCCUUACAUACCAUGUACGUUAAGGGGUGAUGGCGUAAUUAACUGAACACACUUCAAAAAAAAAAAUGUUUCGGUGGCUGAGAGGUUAUUGUAGUGGUCUGGGAAAUGCUGGAAAUUCGGUGUCAUAGGUCCGAGUCCCUGACAUCAGAGACAAUUUGUGAAGUCAAAAAGGAUUUUAUUCCCUGUGCCACUACGUUAAUAUAUAUGUAUGUGCCUAUCAAACCUAACAUACAUACAAUAUAUAGAUAUUGAUACAUCUAUACAUACAUGCAUACUUACAUAUUCUCAAUCUCAAUUUGCCUGUCCAUGUGUUCGAGUCCAGUUUAUUUUUUUAAUACGUUCAUCUUUGUAUAUAUAUGCGUGAGUGUUUUGGUAUGUAUAUUGAUUAUUUUUGUAUGGUUAUAUAUCCAUUGUCAUCCAAUGUUCAUAUACUUGAAAUUAAACUAAUGUGCAAUACAUAA